CGGCUCCACCCACGUCCCAGCAUGCACCGCAGAGUAAGCACGGCCAUUCAGAUGGUCGGGAGGAUGGCAGGCUCCGGGGCGGAGCCGCAGAUCCUUGUGCAGUACUUAGUGUUACGAAAGGACCUAGCGCAGGCGCCUUUCUCCUGGCCCACGGGCGCACUGGUGGCGCAGGCCUGUCACGCCGCCACCGCGGCCUUGCACCUUCACCGAGACCAUCCGCACACGGUAGCGUACCUCCGGGAGCUGGGGCGCAUGCGCAAGGUGGUUCUCGAGGCUGCUGAUGAGACCACCUUGAAGGAGCUGGCCGAGACCCUGCAGCAGAAGGACAUCGACCACAUGCUGUGGCUGGAGCAGCCAGAGAACAUUGCCACAUGCAUCGCCCUCAGGCCGUACCCCAAGGAAGAAGUGAGCCAGUACUUGAAGAAGUUCCGAUUGUUCAAGUGACUACUGUUCCGGUAGAACUGGAUGCCAGCUGGGUCCGGGAGCCAAAUGCUCCCUAUCCUGAAGCGCUGUGGACUCCUUUCAAUGUUGAUGUGCUCUUCCCCUCCAGUUAUGAUGGUUUCUUAAGAGCUAGCCCAAAUUCAGAUUAAAGCCAUCAUUAACAAGUA